CACUUGCGUCAGUUGAGAAUUUCACGCCGAUCGCUUUAGACAGUCGUCGCAGUGUUGGCUAAAAGACAGUCGCAAGAACUCGCAUUACUCCAAAAAUUAAUUCAAACUUCGUUUUUGUGUCUACGCUUUUGGUGAUUUAAACAAAAAUAAAUAAAAAAUGGCUCCCCGCAACAAGGAACAAGAACAAGAAGUCCUCAACUGGAUCUUCGCUGUGUUGGGCGAGAAAGUUCCCGCUGGCCAAUACGAGGAUAUUCUCAAGGAUGGCAUUGUACUCUGCAAGCUGAUCAACAAAUUGGCACCAGGCUCCGUUAAAAAAAUCCAAGAACGUGGCACUAACUUCCAGUUGAUGGAGAACAUUCAACGCUUCCAAGCGGCUGUCAAGAAGUACGGUGUACCAGAAGAGGAAAUCUUCCAAACAGCUGAUCUCUUCGAGCGCCGCAAUAUUCCCCAAGUGACGCUAUCACUCUACUCGUUGGGACGCAUUACACAAAAGCAUCCAGAAUACAAUGGCCCUUCACUUGGCCCCAAGAUGGCCGAGAAGAACGAGCGUGAAUUCACUGAGGAACAAUUGCGCGCAAGCGAAGGCCACCUUAACCUGCAGAUGGGUUUCAACAAGGGCGCUUCGCAAGCGGGACAUGGCGGUUUCGGCAACACGCGUCAUAUGUGAAGUGGUGCGAGAGUGUUUCUUUACUUGUGCGUGCGUAGAGCUACCGCUACCACGCGUAGUUUUUUGUAAGGCAUAACUGUUUAAAUAUUAUUAUUUCUUUCGUUUUUUAUUAUUUAAAAGGGCAUUCUUUUUGGGGCAUUUUUCUUCAGUAAUUAUUUUCUAACAUAAAUUCUAAUAAAUAAAUGAAAAUAAAUAUUAAAAAAAAAUAA